UCCAUCAUACAUUCAGGCCCUAAAUUUUAUUGCAAUCGUAUUUCCAAUUGCUGUCGUCGUAAAAGGUCUUGUUCUUGUGUAGACCAGAAUAGCUUAUUAAACAAGGAAAAUCUUUCAAACUGACAGGAACAGCACUUCGGAUUUCUUAAUUAAAUCCUCCGAAAUCACGAGGCUUUUCGAUAGAGAAUUAUCUGGGUGACGAUUGAUGAGGGAUGGGACUCCAUAAGAAAACCUCAUCUGCUUCUUCAACAUCACCUUGUGCAGAUCUUCGAUCUGCUUACCAUAAUUGCUUUAACAGGUGGUAUUCGGAGAAAUUCGUAAAGGGUCGAUGGGACAAAGAGGAAUGCGUUUCCGAGUGGGAAAAAUACAGAGCUUGUCUCUCCGAACAUUUGGAUGAUAAGCAUCGUCCUUUCUUGGAAUCUGAGGGUGUUGUUCAAGCAGACACGGGGAACCCAAUUGAUGAUGCUUACAAAUAGAAAAAAGGAUAUUGACCAUACAAUUACACACAGCUGGGAAUCUCUCUUUUUAAUCCCAGAUGCCAUUUCAUUGUAGAACUUGUUCUUUAGAGGAUUUUGGUCUGUAGCAGUAGGUGCUGUUAUUUAUACAAAAUCGAAGAUAGAGGGAGCACUGAAAGGAUCUGAUGGAGAACUUCUUAUCAGCUUUCAUUGUCAAGUAUAAAUUCUUUUGAGAUUCCUUGUUAACUGCUACAAUGUAUUAGAUUUUUUGGCAUUUCAGAGAUGGCAAUUGAAAUUAUGCUUUUAUCAUUAACACAUGCCUGAUCAUUUUGGUGUUUACUCUCUUAUAUGGCUAAACUAAAACCUUAUUUUGAAA